AUGGAGAAGACGACGACGCUGGUCCUGUACCCGGGCUUCGGCGUCGGCCACCUCUCGCCGAUGCUCGAGCUAUCCAAGCUGCUCCUCCGCCACGGCGGUGGCGCCGCGCUCGACGUCGUCGUCGUGCUCGUCCAGUCGCCGUUCGGGGACCCCAGCUUCGACGACACGGUGGCGCGCGCCAAGGCCGCCAACACGUCCGUGGACUUCCACGUCCUCCCCUCCCCAAAGCUACCACCAGCCCCCGACGGCGAGCAGGAGCAGGCCCACGACCACAUCGCCCAGAUGUUCGGCUUCCUCCGCGCCACCAACGCGCCGCUCCGCGACUUCCUCCUCCGCUCGCUCUCGGCGUCGUCGUCCUCGUCCCGCUCCCGCUCCGUCCGCUGCGCGCUCGUGCUCGACACGUUCUGGGCCCACGCGCUCGACGUCGCGGCGGAGCUCGCCGUGCCGGCCUACUUCUUCUCCUCCACGGGCGCGUCCAGCCUCGCCCUCCCCGGCAUGCGGGGAACCCUGGGCGCGGCGGGAUUCGGGGAGCUCAGUGACGCCGUCCUGACGUUCGCGGGCGUACCUCCGCUCAAGGCCUCGGAGCUGCCCCAGCUGAUCCGCGACGACGGCGCCGCGUGCAAGGCCAGCCUCGGCCUGGCUUCCCGGAUGCCGGAGGCUCGCGGGAUCUUGCUGAAUUCCUUCGAGUCGCUGGAGCCGCGCGCCGUGCGCGCGCUCAGGGACGGCUUGUGCGUCCCCGGACGCGACAUGCCUCCGGUCUACUGCGUCGGGCCGCUGGUCUCGCCCGGCGGAGACAUGAACCACGGAUGCCUCCGGUGGAUGGACGCGCAGCCGGACCGCAGCGUCGUGUUCCUCUGCUUCGGGAGCAUGGGUGCGUUCCCAAAGAGCCAGCUUAAGGAGAUGGCCGUCGGGCUGGAGAGCUCUGGGCAGAGGUUUCUCUGGGUCGUGCGGAGCCCACGCGGCCCCGGAGAGCCGGCCGACGACCUCGACGUCGAUCUCAACGUGCUCCUCCCGGACGGGUUCCUGGAGCGGACCAGGGACAGAGGUCUCGUCGUCAAGUCCUGGGCGCCGCAGGUGGACGUGUUGCAGCACCGCGCGGCCGGCGCGUUCGUGACGCACUGCGGGUGGAACUCGACGCUGGAAGGCGUCACGGCGGGCCUGCCGCUGCUGUGCUGGCCACUGUACGCGGAGCAGGGGCUCAACAAGGUGUUCGCCGUGGAGGAGAUGCGGCUCGGGGUGGAGGUGAGGAAGAGCCGCGUCGGGGAUGAGGACGUGGUGAAGGCCGAGGAGGUGGAAGCCAAGGUGAGGUGGGUGAUGGAGGAGUCCGACGGCGCGCGGGCGCUCAGGGAGCGCGCGGCGGCGGCGAGGGACCGAGCGGCCCAGGCGCUGGCGGAAGGAGGGCCGUCGCAUGCGGCUUUCCUGGGGUUCCUCGAGGAUUUGGAGGCCCGGUAA